UUCACAGGUCUGUGAAACAGCGCGCCAUUGCGCAUGGGCAGAGGACUUCUUGUAUCUCAUCUCUAUGCUCCCCUAGCUCGGUGAAAUAAAAGAGGAGCUGCCCGGACCACUAGCUACAAGCUAAACAUCUCGGAGCUGUAAAAUAACGGUUGCAGGCAAAGCCCCUGCCGUAGGAUGUAGUCCCCAUCAGAUAACGGAAGAGCAGACAGACAACCAGAGCGAGCGCCCCCCUGAAACCCCCCACCACCUCCGCAUCUGCCUUGCGCAGAGGUCGCAGUCCUCCUCGCUACGACAGCACCCCCCUUCCCCCCGACCCCUUCCCAUCCCCGAUCACCAGCAUGUCCGCCGUCACCUCGGCAACCCCAGCCCCGCCCCCCCCUACGAACCCCCCGGCCCCUGAGGUGACCAACUCCGAAAAGCCAGGUCGGAAGACCAACCAGCUGCAGUACAUGCAGAAUGUAGUGGUGAAGACGUUGUGGAAGCACCAGUUUGCGUGGCCCUUCUACACGCCGGUGGACGCCAUCAAACUAGGCCUGCCGGAUUAUCAUAAGAUAAUCAAGAGCCCCAUGGACAUGGGCACAAUCAAGAGGAGGCUGGAGAAUGCCUACUAUUGGAGUGCCAGCGAGUGCAUGCAGGACUUCAACACCAUGUUCACCAACUGCUACAUUUACAACAAGCCCACAGACGAUAUCGUCCUCAUGGCUCAGGCCCUGGAGAAGAUCUUCCUCGGGAAGGUCGCUCAGAUGCCCCAGGAGGAGGUAGAGCUGCUCCCACCUGCCCCGAAGCCCCCCAAAGGCCGCAAGCCUACUGGACCACCCGGAAUAGGUGACCAGCAAGAGGCAGCCGUAUCGUCAGCCUCUCCGCCCUCGUCCUUCCCAGUGCCCACGUCUCCGGAGUCCCAGACGCCGGUCAUCUCCCCAGUGCCCGUGGCCCCCGUCACCUCCAACAUCCCCUCCACACAGAACACGCAGGCUACACCCAUGAUGCCUGUGGGACCGCCCUCUCAGCCCUUGAUCAAAAAAGGGAUCAAGAGGAAAGCGGACACCACCACGCCCAACACCUCAGCCAUCACGGCCAGCCGCAGCGAGUCGCCCACGCCGCUCUCCGAGGUCAAGGGUGGCAAGCCGGGCCCGCGGCGCGAUAGCGUCACCCGGCCCGUCAAGCUGACCAAGAAGGACCCGGAGGAGAUCGAGCUGGGUGCCCCCCAGCCACUCGGCGGUGGUGGCGGCGGCGGCGGCAAGCGCUCGCGCCUCACUGAGCAUCUCAAGCACUGCGACACCAUCCUGAAGGAGAUGCUGUCCAAGAAGCACGCCGCCUACGCCUGGCCCUUCUACAAGCCCGUGGACGCCGACGCGCUAGCCCUGCAUGACUACCACGAAAUCAUCAAGCACCCUAUGGACCUGAGCUCCGUCAAGAAAAAGAUGGACGGUCGGGAGUAUACGGACGCACAGAAUUUUGCUGCAGACGUGCGAUUAAUGUUCUCAAAUUGUUACAAAUACAACCCGCCAGAUCAUGAGGUGGUUGCCAUGGCCAGGAAACUACAGGACGUGUUUGAGAUGCGCUUUGCCAAGAUGCCCGACGAGUCGGCGGCACUGAGCCCGGUGGGCGGCAGUGCGGCGGGCGGGCCGGUGGUCAGUAAGAGCACGGGCAGCAGCGGCGGCAGCAGCGGUGACUCCUCCUCCGACGACACCUCCGACUCCGAGGAGGAGCGCGCCACUCGCCUGGCAGAGCUGCAGGAACAGGUGGGUGCUGAACAGCAGCGGUUGUCUGAAAAGAAGCCCAUUGCUUGCAGGCGGGGGAGUAAAAACGGGUUGCAUCAGCUGAAGGCCGUCCACGAGCAGCUGGCCGCUCUCUCUCAGGCCCCCGUCAGCAAACCAAAGAAGAAGAAGGAGAAGAAAGAGAAGGACAAGAAGAAGAAGGAGCGUGACAACAAGCACAGCAAAGCCAAGCCCGAGGACGACAAGAAGGCCAAGCCGAGCGCGGGGCAGCCCGCCAAAGCGGCCCAGCAGAAGAAGGCGCCGUCCAAGAAGGCCAACAGCACCAUCCCAGCCUCAAGGCAACCAAAGAAGGGUGGCCGCACGGGCGAGACGGACGAGGAGGAGGAGUGUCUGCCCAUGACGUACGACGAGAAGCGACAGCUGAGCUUGGACAUCAACCGGCUGCCGGGCGAGAAGCUGGGCCGAGUGGUGCACAUCAUCCAGACGCGCGAGCCCUCGCUGCGCGACUCCAACCCUGACGAGAUCGAGAUCGACUUUGAGACGCUCAAGCCGUCCACGCUGCGCGAGCUGGAGAAGUACGUCAAGUCCUGCCUGCAGAAGAAGCAGAGGAAACCCUUACAGAAAGGCUCGGGCCCUGGUUCCGGUCCGUCUCGUUUGAGUGGCAGCAGCAGCUCGUCAGACUCGGGGAGCAGCAGCUCCAGCGGCUCCAGCUCGGACAGCAGCGACUCUGACUGAACACACACACACACUCACACACACACACACACACACACACACACACACGGUCUCCCCUCCCU